GAUUUCUCUCUGUCGUCAUCGAUCUCCUUCCUUGCGGACUCAGAUCUCGUCGGGGGACUCUCGUUUAGGGUUUGCAGUAGAAAUCAAGGGUUUUUAUCUACUCCUUUCUGCUUUAGUGUGUUGUACGAAAAAAUUGUUGCUUUUGAUUUGCAAUCGCUGUUAGGAUUUUGGUUUUGUCCGAAAUUUCAUCCAUGGGGAGACAUGAUAGUUCUUCAGAGGAGGACGAGAGAGUGAGAGCAAGAGAUAGGAGGCGAAAAGAGAGAAGCCCAGAUGAUGAUAACGAAGGUAGGCGAUCUAAGAUGGAGAGAGAGGAGAGCCGUCGGGGUAGGGUCUCAGGGGAAGAAGAAGAAGAUAAGAGUUCACGUGGAGACAGGCGAGGAAGAGGGCGUGAGUUUGGUGAUGAAGACGACGGAAGCAGAAAGAUGAAGAGAGAUGGGAGAGAAAGGGAUGAUGGUGAGAGGAGGGAUAGAGAGAGAAGCCCGAGAGAUGUGAGAGACAGACGUGACAGAGGAAGAAGCCGUAGGGACAAUGUUAGGGCGGAUACGUCUUCUGAUGAUGAGGAAGAGAGAUGGCCGAGAAGGGAGAGAAGAGAACGUCCUCCUAGUUCUGACGAAGAUGACGAUGGAGAGAGAAGGAGAAUAAAUAAAGAUGGUGGUAAUGAGGUUAUGGAAAGAGAGAGCAGGCGUAAGGAUCAGGUUAGAGCAGAUACUCCGUCUUCUGCUGAGGAAGAAGAGAGGAAAAUGUCUAAGGAUGCAGAAGAGAGGGAACGGAUUCGUAAAGUCCAUCGGGGUUCAGACGAUGAAGAGGGUGAGCUUAAGGGAGAUAGAAAAAUGGAAACAGAAGAGAUUGAGGAUGGUGAUGAGAGGAGAGAAAGAAAUAGAAGCCCCCGAAAUAGGGAGAAACAUGAUAGAGAGAAGAGUCGUAGGGGUAGGGUGAGAGCAGACACGCCUUCUGAUGAAGAAGAUGAUAGGCGGAAACGUGGGAGAGAGAGACGAGAACGACAGGGAAAACGUAGAGAUGAUGAAGAUGAGGAAGGUGAGAUUAGGAGAGACAGAAAAGAGAGGGAAUAUAUGAGACGUGUUGCUGAUGAAGUUAAGAGAGAUAGAAGGGAGAAAGACAUGGCUGAUGGGGAUCGUCGUUCAGGACGAGAUUCAGAGCGAGACAGUGAUAAGAGACUUAGAGAUGAAAAGGAGAGGAGACACAAAGAUAGGUAUGAUGAUCAAAAGGUCAAUGAAAGAAAGGAAAGAAAGGAAGACGGCAGGAGUUCUAGGAAAAGAGAAGGGAGAGAUGGUGCACGAGAAGAAGAUUCAAAGCCCAAGGGUCAGGGGCAAGAAGCCAAUGCAAUUGAUAACACCGUGGCUUUGGGAAGGAGUGGUGGAGUUUACAUUCCUCCUUUCAAACUUGCCCGGAUGAUGAAGGAGGUCCAAGAUAAGAGCAGUGUUGAAUACCAGCGUCUAACAUGGGAUGCUCUUCGUAAAAGUAUUAAUGGGCUUGUGAAUAAGGUGAAUGCCAGCAACAUCAAGAAUAUAAUCCCGGAGCUUUUUGCAGAAAAUCUCAUCAGGGGAAGGGGCCUUUUCUGUCGUUCUUGCAUGAAGUCUCAAAUGGCAUCACCUGGUUUCACUGAUGUUUUUGCAGCACUAGUUGCAGUUGUCAAUACAAAAUUCCCUGAAGUAGGUGAUCUUCUGCUAAGAAGGAUUGUCUUACAGCUUAAAAGAGCUUACAAACGUAACGACAAGCCUCAAUUACUUGCUGCUGUCAAAUUCAUAGCACAUUUAGUAAACCAGCAAGUAGCUCACGAGAUCAUUGCUUUGGAGUUACUCACGGUGCUUCUAGAGAACCCGACUGAUGACAGUGUUGAGGUAGCUGUUGGAUUCGUGACAGAGUCUGGUGCAAUGCUUCAGGACCUUUCACCAAAAGGAUUGCAUGGGAUCUUUGAGCGGUUUCGUGGUAUUCUUCACGAGGGAGAGAUAGAUAAGAGAGUUCAGUUUCUGAUUGAAGGAUUAUUUGCUAUCAGGAAAGCAAAAUUCCAGGGUCACCCAGCUGUUCGCCCUGAAUUGGAUCUUGUGGAGCCAGAAGAUCAAUUGACACACGAGAUCUCUCUCCAAGACGAGAUAAAUCCAGAGAUUGCUCUUGAUAUUUUCAAACCUGAUCCUGACUUCAUCGAGAGUGAAAAGAAGUAUGAGGACCUGAAGAAGAGUAUACUUGGUGAUGAAUCUGAGGAUGAAGACGGAUCCGAUGAUGAUGGUUCUGGGGAUGAAGAAGACGAGGAAGAGGAAUCUGAUGAAGAAGACGAAGAAGCUAUGAAAAUAAAAGAUGAGACAGAGACUAAUCUUGUGAAUUUGAGGAGAACAAUAUAUCUGACAAUAAUGUCCAGUGUUGACUUUGAGGAAGCAGGGCACAAGUUGCUCAAGAUAAAACUAGAACCCGGUCAAGAGAUGGAGCUAUGCAUUAUGCUUCUGGAAUGUUGCAGUCAGGAGAGAACGUAUCUGCGGUACUAUGGACUUUUAGGGCAACGUUUCUGCAUGAUCAACAAAAUUCAUCAAGAGAAUUUUGAGAAGUGUUUUGUUCAACAGUACUCCAUGAUCCAUCGGCUCGAGACAAAUAAGCUGAGGAAUGUGGCUAAGUUUUUUGCUCAUCUUCUGGGCACAGAUGCUCUCCCUUGGCAUGUCCUCGCUUACAUUCGGUUAACUGAGGAAGACACCACUUCUUCCUCCCGUAUUUUCAUCAAAAUACUUUUCCAGGAACUGUCAGAGCACUUGGGGAUAAGGCUGCUGAACGAGAGACUUCAAGAUCCGACAAUGCAAGAUUCUUUUGAAUCUAUCUUCCCCAAGGACAAUCCGAAGAACACAAGAUUCUCAAUCAACUUCUUUACUUCCAUUGGUCUUGGAGGCAUCACAGAGAAUCUUAGAGAAUACCUCAAGAAUAUGCCCCGCCUUAUCAUGCAACAACAGAAACAAGAGGCUUCCGAAUCUGAAUCAGAUUCCGAGUCAGAAUCUGGAUCUUCAUCUGGCAGCUCUGGUUCUGAAUCAGAUACGGAAUCUUCCAGUUCUGAGAGCGAGAGAGAUGACAGGAAGAGGAAACGACGAAGAAGAGGCUGAGGGAGGCAUCUUUCUAAUUUUCACUGAAACUCUUGUUUCAAGCCAGUUGCUGUAAUCCUACAAGUUUGCAGAACUAUUGCUCUUUGGACUUCCUCUCAGUUUUGAAAAACUUCUGUAUGAAUUGUUAGAGCUGGAAAAUUUGUUCAGUCUCUGGAGAUCAGCUUUCUUGUCUGGUGGAUGAUGAUGAUGAUGGUUCUAAGUCAAGACCAUGUUCCUUUC